CUCCUCUCCAAAAAGUUGUUCUUAUUCUUCUUCUUCAUCUUCAAUGGCGAUGGAGUUCUUCUUCUCAGAGUCCGCCAUGUCUAAACCCAAUUCAUCUUCAAAUCCGCCAUUGUUGUCUCCUCCUCCUUCUUCUUCCUUCUUCACCAUCCCUCCUGGCCUCAGCCCCUCCCAAUUCCUCCACUCCCCUCUCCUCCUCAACUCUUCUCAUAUUCCGCCGUCGCCGACAACCGGAGCGUUUUCCGCCGGGGCUUCGACCGGAAACAGAGACAACUCCGGCCAACACCAAGAGAACAACAUCAAAGAAGAACACACACACAUACACAACAACAAAUUGCCCGAAUUCUCAACGAGAAACAGAGCAUCUGAGGACGGGUUUAAUUGGAGAAAAUACGGCCAAAAAGUGGUGAAAGGAAGUGAAAAUCCGCGAAGUUAUUACAAGUGUACGCACCAGAAUUGCCCUGCGAGGAAACAGGUUGAGAAAUGUUUGAAUGGCCGAAUUACAGAGAUUGUUUAUAAGAGCAAACACAACCAUCCAAAAACAGAGUUCCCGACAAGAUCCUCAGCCCAGAAUUCUUCAGUUGCAAGUAUUGGACACGAUGAUGAGUUUGAAUUUGAUGCCACAACAUGGAAAAGUGAGAGUGAAAAAGAAAUAUUACGUGGAGGAGGAAGCAGAGCGGUGAGAGAUCAGAGGGUUGUGGUUCAAACAAUCAGUAACAUCGACAAAUUAGACGAUGGAUAUUGGUGGAGAAAAUAUGGACAGAAAAUCGUCAAGGGAAAUCCAAAUGCAAGGAGCUACUACAAGUGCACGUACGGAGGAUGUGGAGUGAGGAAGCAUAUAGAGAGAGCGUCCCACGAUUUAAGGGCAGUCAUCACCACCUACGAAGGGAAGCACAACCACCAUAUUCCGGCACCCCGCGAAAUAGGGUUUUUGAUCAUUUCGGGUGAAACUUUUGUGGCAAUUCAUGGUCAAAGCUCUCCACGGAUAACAUGGAAAUGGAUUCCUUCCCUCGCCUCUCACUUCCUCGUCCAUCCAUCUCCAUUUUUCAUCCAUCCACCAUUCCAGUUCCACUCCAUGGCAAUUCUCCAUUCCCGUCUGGAACCCUAA